AUGCAAGUACAAGAAGAUGGAGACUUCAUCCCCUUUGCCAAGUGUUCCAGAGUGGUCAGCCGAUCUCCACCCCUCAGCUUGCCUUCCCAGAGCCUCAGGAUGACGCCUCAGCGUUAUGGAGAUGUCUUUUGGGAGAACCUUAGUCAAAGGCCCAGCCCCAUCUGGACAGAGGAACAGUACAUUCCACACACGCAGAGAGCCACUGGUUACUCCCAGAUUGGCCUAUACCCUCCUGAGGGGCUCCCACCCCCUGAGUUGCUUUGCAGAAGAAAGAGAAGGAAGCCACGUUUUGCAGGAGUGCAGCAGGGACCUGGGGGUAUUCCAGCCCGGGUAAGGGCUGUUGCUUAUCACCUGGAGGAUCUACGGAAGCGCCAGGGAAUCAUUGAUGAACUGAAGAAGGCUCAGUGGGGCAACUCUGGGACCCCCUCUGAGCCCCUGGUGCUUGGUGAGGAGGGCCCACGAGUCCCCGACAUCACUGAAUCCACUGACCUGAAAGGAGAGAGGGCAGCCUGCCUACAGGAAGACGACCAUUUCCUCACUAGUGGCAGGGCCCAGCUGCUUUGGUCUCCCUGGAGUCCCCUGAGCCAGGAGUCGUCUUGCCUCAGGGGUCAGAGCUUCCAGGCCUCCUAUAACAGUGUCACAGCCAGCAGGAGGCCCCUUUCCGGUCCCUGGGGGAUGGAAUUUGAAUCUGAGGAGAUCCAGCUAAAACAAAGUCUGGACGGGACGGGCCGCCCCAGUUCACGAAGAGCUGUCCAGUCUAACAUUCCUCGCCAGCCCUUCAACUUCCAGCACCUGACACCACCCCGUCCGGAGUCCGGCAGUCGGCCGAGCUUCCGUCUUCGGGACCCCGGAAUCCUGCCCUCAGCACUGUUGCCCUUUUAG